AUGAAAUUGAGCAUUAUUCUGUUAGUCGCUCUCCUCACAACAUUUCGAGUGAAUGCAACCAAUUCACAGCUUUUUAUUAUCAAAAAAUCACCUUGGUUUAUGAGACCUGCAUGGAGACCUGUCGAUAUACCGAAUGCUAGACGAUUUUAUCCUUCAAAUGUCGACACGUGGUUCAAAACGAUCGAGAAGGAGGAUCCUGUAUGA